AGGCCUAAACCUGCAGGGGACACCCAUCCCUUAAGCACAUAGCUAUGUAUAUGCACCUUCAGCUAUAUAGCCCUGGGUAGGAGGGAGAGUCCUGAUCAGCAGCCCAGCCCUUUUCUUUGGCCGAAUGUGUACAAGUGUCAGGAAGAGAUCACUGUGGAGAGGAGAAAACACAAAGAGAGACUGACAAAAAAUAUAGGUGGAGGAAUAGAAAAAAGAUUUGAAGGAAGGCGGAAAAAAGGUUAUUUAGAAAUAGAAGGUAAACUAUAUCGAGACGAAACCUGGGAGUCAAAUAGAAGCUAGGAUUUUGCAUGGAAAAAUGGGAAAAGACAAGAUUACAGAAAGCCCUGAGACCCCUAAGGAGGAAGGAGAGGUAUCAAUGAACAGUGCACAGAAAGUGCUGAAUACAGUGACUGGGAUGGUACAAUCGGUGAGACACAGGAAUACUCAGAACCAAAACACGGAAAGCAACCAUGAGAUAUUGCUGCAAAAAGAAAUGGAAUUCCAUCAAGCUGCUAAGAAAAAUGAUGUGCCAACUAUGACCAAGCUCAAGGAACAAAAAGUUAACAUUAAUGCUAGAAAUAACCUGAAUCGCACAGCUCUUCACUUUGCCGUGGCAGGGAAUCAUCUACAAGCAGUGUCAUUUCUCCUGGGACAUAAAGCCAGAGUAGAUAUGACUGAUAAGCAUGGCCUGAGUGUGCUUCAUCUGGCUGCCUGGUCGGCUGAUCUCACUGUCUUCCAAAUGUUAAUAAAGGCAGGUGCCAAUCAGAAGUCUACAAAUGAGGAUGGAAUGAACAUUCUCCAUUUUGCGGCUGAGAACAAUAAGAAUGACAUUGUGGAUUAUGUUCUUAAGGAGCUGCAGCUGAAUGACCUGAAUGUAGAGGAUGAGAAAGGUAGGAAACCUUUUCACCUGGCAGCAAACAGUGGACAUGUGCAAAUGAUCAAUAAUCUUCUGUCUUUCCAGCUGUUUACUUCCGAGAAAGACAAGGAAGGUAACACAGCCCUUCAUCUGGCUGCCAGCAAUGGACACAAUGAUGUGGUAGAAGUUUUAAUAAACCUUUGGGAAAAUAUUGAUGACCCAAAUGAGAAUAGUGCCACUCCAUUUUACUUGGCUGUUGAAGGAGGACAUGAAGUUUGUGCUGAUCUUCUACUGAAGGCAGGAAGUGAUAUCAACAUUAGAACCAAGGAUGAUUACAGUGCAUUACACAUAGCAGCACAGAAUGGACACAAAAAUCUGAUUCACUUCCUCCUUGCUAGAAAUGUUGACCUCACUCCUAAACUUAAUGAUAAAAACCCUCCCUUACAUUUGGCUAUCCUAAAUAAUCAGAUGGAAAUAGUGGAUGUUCUUCUGGAAGGUGGAUAUGAUAUAAAUACCAUCAACACUAGACAACAAACUCCACUGCAUCUAGCAGCUGAACUCAAGAUCACAGAUCUGGUGGAAAAGCUCCUGAAAGCCGGAUGUGACCUUAGAAUGGCAGACAAGAAAGGAAAAACAGCUCUUAGUGUGGCAGCAAGAAGCAAUCAUACCCUCAUUGUGGAUAUGAUUAUUAAAGCAGAAAGAUACUAUGAAUGGAAAAAGGGAAUUAAAGACAUUAACCAAGAGGAACGUGAAGAUGUUUGUCUAACAUUUAAGCAAGAUCAUAGUUCAAAAACCAGUCAGUUGAGAUCAGCUAUGUGGAAGCUCGCUUACAAUGAGCUUAAGCCUCACGAGUGGAAAAAGCUGGCUCAGUUUUGGAAGUUCACAGAGCCUCAGAUCAAAGCUAUUGAACAGCAGUGGACAGGAAAAACAAGUUACAAGGAACACGGUCAUAGAAUGCUACUCAUCUGGUUACAUGGUGUUUUACUAACAGAACAAAAUCCAAUUAAGUCACUUUAUGAAGAUCUGGUAGAAACAGGACAUCACCAACUAGCUGAAAACGUCAGAAUGCAAAGUACAAAUAGCACGGAGCCCAAAAAAUGCAUCAUUUCAUGACAUGAAAUCUUUGGAAAAUAACAUCCACAAGAUGGCACCAGGAGCUAUUCCUCCCGAGGAACAUUAACAUUCAAAGUACAUAAUAUCAUAUUAAACAGCAAUCCAUAAUACUGCAAGGCCUCCAAUCUAUCACCAAAGUGUGUGUGCAAGAGACGGCUUUCCGAAACAAACCCAAGAAUGGUUCAGAUUUUUGUAAAGGACGCAGGCUUUGUAUUUAUUAUUUUAUCUGUGCU